AUGAAAAAGCCCAAAGCUUCUCAACUCAGAUCACAGUUGUAUUGCAUCGCGACAGAAUUUGCAUCUAUGGAAAAUACUUAUGUAAAGAUGUUCAGUGAGGGUCAUGUACUCCUGUCUGAAACUUUAAUUUUGACCACCGCCUGCAAGAUGGACCUGUACACGUUUCCUUUUGAUGUCCAAACCUGUACUCUGACUCUUCAGUCCGCAUUGCAUUCAAUCAACGAGCUUACAAUCAAUCAAUUUUCUGAUGCCUCAUUUAUGACUGCCAGCUCUAAGAAGGCUUUUCAAACUCAAGGGGAGUGGGACCUCCUCAGUAUUACCACGUCUAAAUCCAAUCUGACUACUUUUGGAUAUUUACUGGAUCAGCUGAAAUUUGAGAUCACCAUAAAAAGGAGACCUCUACUGUAUAUCAUCAACUUCAUAUCACCAGUGUUUUGUUUUCUUGUGUUGGAUGUGGCCACGUUUUUUAUGGAUUCAGCAGGAGGAGAGAAGCUGGGCUUUAAAGUGACUUUACUUUUGGCGAUUUCUGUGUUACUGCUCAUUCUUAAUGACACGCUGCCCUCUACUGCCAAUGAGGUCCCAUUGAUCGGGGUUUUCUGCAGUGUGAUUUUCAUUCUCAUUGGUAUCAGCAUUUUGGAGACCAUUCUUGUGGAUUUUCUGAUGGCUAGAGGAGAUCAGAUUAAUUCAGAAGCUCUUAAGGAAUCCACAUCUACUGUUACUGAUUCAAACAGCCUACCGGAAACAGCAACGGACAGAAGUGACGAGCGGUUAACUACCCUGGAGCGUCUGAGGCAAAUCCUUAAGUUUCGCACUGCAGCCAAUCCUAAAGGCAGCGCGAAGACAUCCGGGUGCUGGCACAGAGCGGCAAUGAUAAUCAACGCUACUUUCAUUAUUAUCUACAUUCUCGCAAUCAUUGUGUUCCUAUCAGUAGUUGGUAAAGCUUGGUUCACAGAGUAAUAUUAGAUG